CUCACUGAUAGCCCUACACAGGGAGAUGUGUACACUGGAGCUACAGUGUUAUCUUCUCUCCCAGCACUCGCUCUUGCUCCCAGUACUCCCACUAAGGAGUCCUCUCCUGCUGUGGUGAAUGGAUUGGAGGUAUCUGAGCAGCAAAGAUCUUGGCUGUAUCUGGAAGAAAUGGUGAAUUCUUUGCUCACCACUGCACAGCAGUUGAAGAACUAUGUGGAACAAGCCAAAAAUGAGGUAGCAACUGCCUCCGAGAGAAAGGAGUUUCCAAGUCAUUUGUUUCAGCAGACGGAAGAAAUUGAUGGGAAGCAUGAGAUAUUACUUAGGCAGUCCUGUGUUAACUGCGGAAGAGAAGCCCUUAAUGAAUGUACUGGAUGCCACAAAGUAAAUUACUGCUCCAUCUUCUGCCAGCGCAAGGACUGGAAGGAUCACCAGCAUCUUUGUGGCCAGACCCCCACCCUGUCUGUCCAUUCUGAGGAUGUACAUGUCACAGAGAAGGAUCCGGUCUGA